GAUCACACACCGAUCACCUGUCAUUCCUCAUCAGUGUGUGUGUGUGUGUGUGUGUACAUAAGCAGGACAGAAUGCUGUGGUGUGGGGAUGUGCUGCUGCUGAGGAGGCCCCGGGCCCCAGAACACACACUGACCCGCAGGAGGAGCCCACAGGGGCCCGCAGACACAGGUCCAGGUGAAGCGUGUGAGUCUCCUGCUCUCCAGCAUCAUGUUGCUCCAGUCAGGUUACCCAGAAUGCCGCAGGGUUUCUCCCAGCAUGCUCAGCGUGUGGAUGUGUGUGAUCUGCUGCCGGACAGGUCGAGUGCCGCUGACACACACACUCUGAGGAAAACUGUCCUCUCCCGCCAUAACUACAGGAAGCUGCUGCACCUCUUCCUGUCGGAGCUGCACAGGGGCGGGCAGAGCACGGUAGCCAAUCAGACGCUGAGCUGUGAACACCUGCCACCAAUCACACGCAGGAUCCCAAGGAGACAGAUCAUAUGUGAGUUGGCAGCAGUGGUUCAGAUGGAGGCUCGAGCACGAACCCUUUUCAGGAUCUGCUCUGGAGAUCAGUCGGAGAGAUGGAGCGAACACACACACACUCACACACACACUGAGCCGUUCACAGCACAGAUAUAA